AUGUUACCAAGGUGCGGCUCGCAGCUUGCUGGAUUAGAGGCUCACGUCCGGCAAGGCGCGGGCUCGCAGCGGCAAGCCCAACCACUGCCAUUUUGGGGAGUGGUCGGUCGUGCUUGCCCGGCUAGAAUGGCGAUGAUGAGCGCCUUGGCCUCCUACCUCACAUUGCUGCUUGCCGAGAGCAAGCCUGCGACUCAGCUUCACAAUUGCAGCAGUCACGAGUCAGAGUCCGGUGCCUGCUGGCGUCGGUGUCAAACUUGCAUGUAUGCGUAGAAGAAGACCCAAGAAGACCCCGAGCGGUUCGCCGACUGAUUUCGAAUUGCCAGAGUUUGUGGUUGUGGGUGUAGGAUGGUGAGAAGCAGAGGCGCAUGCAUGACGUGCAACGCUCGUUCAGCUGCUCUAUGAGCGGCUGCAACGGUCGACCCGCAUUGAACAUCUUUGCUCGCGACGCGCACUGUGCCGCUAUGCCGCUGUGCCCCGAACGCUCAUUCCCUCCACUCGUGACUUGUGCGUGACCUUUGGACCUCGGGACGCGCGCGAUGGAGCGCAUGGGCUACUCAUCAUACCCUCAAAAUUGGCUCUUCACGACUCACCACUCACACUGCUCCAUCUUCAGUGCAACCCGUCCACAACUUGGCCCGACCCGCCGACCCGCCGAUCCAGUGAUCAUCUCCAUCACUCGUCGCUAGCCGUAGGUCGGUACACUCGUUCUCGAUCACGCCCAGUCGGACCUUCGAUUGCAGACCGGCUGAGUAGGAUAGCGAACAGCCGUUUCUUAACAUCGACAUCCUGCCCAAGAGACCGAGCGACUGCACGGGAUCCACCUGCCCGAACGUGUCUUUGCUGCAUUCGUUCAAGUCAUCAAAUCCAACGCACUGAAAUUGCCGGACCACGGCGAGGCGAACAUCACCUGAUCAGUCAUCAUCAGGACCUUGCAAAGAUUCCUGGCCUCCCUGCCUGCGGAUGGGAAGGUGAUCUGGCCUGCCGCAGCUGGGCGGGGCAAGAUGGCGUGGUCCAAUGCGCUCGCUCAGUACGCUAGGACCAAGGACCUGAACACUCUACCCGAGGGCACUCUGCUGAGGAGCGAUGAGCAUACAUUGACCAUCUACGAUGGAUAUCCCAAGGCCAAGUUUCAUUUCUUGGUCUUGCCGCGAGUACCAUUCCAGCUUCACUCGAGCGACUCGGAGGCGAGCAAGCCCAGAGACGCCUUUGAGCUUCUCAAGAAGGGACCUACUUGUGUUCCGCCGAACCAUUUAUCCAACCUCAAAUCUCUGCUUUCCAGUCCGCACGCAUCAAGGGUGCUCGCCGCUCUUCGAAAAGCAUCCGAGGAGACUGUGCAGCUCAUCCAAGAGGAACAGCCCUACACGAAGCUGGCGGAGGACCAAGAAGAAGCGGGUACGACGUGGCCUGUGCAUGUAGGGUUUCACGCCGUGCCGAGCAUGGAGCACGUCCAUCUGCACAUCAUCAGCUCCGAUCUCAUUUCCGAAAGACUCAAGAACAAGAAACAUUACCUCUCCUUCCAUCCUUCUCAUGGCUUCUGGCUACCCUUGACUCACAUAGAAGAAAUGGUUCGCAAGGGGCAGAAAAAUUUACCUCAUGAUGAACGUUAUUAUGAGAAUCUGCUCAAGUCGACGCUGACAUCUUUCUACGAUGAGAGCGAGCACAGUCAUAUACCCAAGCUCAAAGCUCACCUCGAGACGAAAUGGAUCGAAGAUGUGCGGAGAAGGAGGGCCUCUAGUGAAGAUGAUGGCGGCAGCUCGAUGGAGUUCAAGCCGUCGGACGCUCCUCGGCGGCCCGAGAGAGCUGAGCAGCGGCACGUCUCCCACUUCAACACAUCAGCUCGACGCAGCGCAAGUCCAGCACCAAAAAGUCUCAGGUAG